AUGAAAGAGCAUUUUUCUGAGCAGGCACAAUAUGUUGAGCAAUGACUAUCAAAACUAUCCAGCCUUAAAAAACACUGAAAAAUUAUCAGAACACUUUUUAAUGACACAACGCUUUUGUUUGAUACAUAUGGGAAGGCUCUUUCCAAAACAGGCAGAGCAUUCUUAACGGCUUUAUUUAAAAAUACAUCUAAUGAGAAUAAGAACUUAGUCCCCCCUUUGCGAGUGAGCAAAUACUUUCGUUCACUCACGGAGGAGGCUUGAGUUUUUUUUUAGUUUAAAAUUAAACAGAAUUAGCAAGAGAUUUCAUUUAUAGCAUUAUGACUUAUAUAUCAAUUUUUUUCGCUUACGAAGGGGAGUUAGCAAAUUCAUUAAAGUUUUUUGGUGAGUUUAGUGAGAAGCUUGGAGAAGAUUAUAGUAAAUCUGGCCUGGCAUUAAAUUUCAGUAUUAUGCAAAAGUUCAACCAGCUAGUUUCUGAUAUAAACUCAUGCAAAACUUGAAUAAAAGAAAGCACUUCAAUGGGUAUGAAAGAGCUAAGUCAAGCAAAAAUCCAUUAUUUUAAGCUUAAAGCUAAGUUGGAAAAGCAGACCAAAGAGGUUGAGUCCAUGCAGGCUGCUUUUGAAAAAGCUAAAAGUGAGCCUGGAAAUAGUUACCAGCUCGGAUUGGCUCAGAAAUUUAAAGAGAAACUGAGAACCAGCAACAAAGACUUAAAAACUAUACAGUCGGAUAUUGAAACUCAAGCUGAGCUAGUAUUUGAAAAACACGAAGCAUUAGAAAAUACUCUUUACACCACCCAUUCAUCUGUGCUAGACCUUGAAUUUGACUCUCUCCACAUCUUAUUAAGCAGCUACUAUGCAAUGGUAGCGAUUAUCAAAAAAAUGAUAGUCAUAAGAAAAGAAUACGCCUUGACGAGGUUCCAAAACAUUGAGGAAUCCGAAGACUUUACGUUUGACAUCAAAAUAGGCAAAGAGAUUAAUAUAUUCACCAAUGAAAUGAAUAAAGAAAAAUUUGAGUCUCAAGCUAUGCUUAUUGAUGAAAGGACAACUAUGAUAAAAGCAUUUAAAGAAUUUAUUUUCAGCACGAUUUGCUUACUCUCUCCUCCUAACCGAACAAAUAAUUUUGUUCGCUCACGAAGGAGGGUUAUUUUUUUUUAAAAAAUUUAUAUGUAAAUUUUAUAUUAAUUUUUUUUUCAAAUUUUCAAUUCGAAAUAAUAUAGCAAAUAUUAAUUUAAUUUGUAAAUUAUGCUUUAAAUUGAGGGUCGUUUAAAUUUUAUCAGAUUUAGCUAGAGAUUUCAUUAUAAUAAUUAUUACUUAUAUAUCAAAAUAUUUUUUUCAUAAAAUAUUUUAUGUUAAAAAGUUCUGUUUGCUCACGGAGGGUGAGUUUUUAGCCAAAAAAUAGAGAUUUUUCCAAUGGCUUUGUUCACUUACAGAGGGGAGUUAGAAGAAGAUUUAGGGAAGUCAUUAGAAAACACUUUAGGUACAUUUAAAUUACCAAGUUAUAUAUACUUAAUUACCUUGAAUAGCCGAGUGCGAAUUAUUUUUAGGAUAUACCAGACAACUCUAAACGUAUAAAAAACUCUCAUUUUGCUUCUUUAUACAUCAAUUUUUAGAUAAAUAUUAUUUCACUUUAGACAUAGAGAUUAUUUUUAUAGGCACAAUAGUAAUAAAUGCACGGAUGCAAAGUCCUUAUUUUGAAUAAUUUAAAUGUUUUCUGGAAAAUCUGGUAUGUUCCAUAUUUCUUUGAAUUUUGUAGCUGAUCAUACAUUUCUAACUUAUUUUUUACAUGCCUUCACAUUUGUUUGUUAAUUUUUUUUGGCGAACCAAAGGAUUAAAUUUGACUCCUAUCAAUAAUAUAAAAGAGAUGGUUCAUUACAGUUAAAAAAUGCUGAUUUAUUUGCUAGCUAUACUAAUUUACUUUCCCAUGAAGAGGCAAAAUGAGAUUUUCAUAUUUUAUUAACUAGAAAGCUUAUUCUUACUGGGCUAUUCAUUGUAAAUAAGUGUAGCUGCAAAAAAUAUUGGAAAAAGCCAUUGGGAUGUUUACUACUCAGCAUUUACUGAAAUUGCAAAGGUUUAUCAGAUCUUUGCAGGUGAAAUAAGAAAACUAGGACUUGAGCCCUUUUCUGAAGUCCUAAAAAACCAAGAAAAUAUUAAAAGAUCUAUAAGGGUGUCACUUUUAAAUUUUGUGGAAGGAAAUGAUCCUAUAUAUACCGACAGAUCUCAAAGAGGAUCAUAUUCAUCUAGAUCAGCUACGAACUCACCUAAUAUAAAAGAAUUCUUUAAUUCAAAAUCAGCAAGUUUGUCCAAAAUUCUCGGGACUUUAUCUGAAAGCAAUGAAGAGGAAAAAAAUAAUUUAUUCUUUUUUAAUUGGAUGGUCUAUAAGUAAAUUAUAUUAAAAAUAUUAAACUUACUAUAAAUAUUUAAGAAAAAGGCAUAGAAAAUAUAAAAGCAGUAUUUGAAGACUUGCAUAGGCUUGAAGAAGAUCUGUACAACUCAAUAGAUGAUAUUGCUGAUAGAGCAGAAAAAGAGCUUGGAGAGCUUGAGAUUGAAGGAGAAUACAAAGACAUCAAUUUAUAUCAGAAAAGAGAGCUUACUGAUGAUUCUAUAAAAGAAAUACGGCAAAUGUCCCAAAUAUCAAGAAAUGCUUCAUUAGAAAGCGAAGAGCUUGGCACUCAGGAAGAAGAGAUCGAGCCAGAAGGAAAUGUGAUCACGAAAUUCGGGCUGAGCCCAGAAACCCAAAUUGUUGAUAGCUUCACCUGUGCAUUGAGUCAAAAAAUUCUUCUACAUGGCAGGAUGUAUCUGACGACUUCCCAUCUCUGUUUUCAUUCUUAUUUUAACUCCAGCACCCUUUUUGGUAGAGAAACUUUAUUAGCUAUACCUUUAUCUGACAUCAUAAAAGUAGAAAAACGUCAGAUUGCCUUAAUUUUUGAUACAGCUUUAUCUAUAACUACCCAUUCCAGUGAAAUUUUAUUCGCAUCAUUUUUAUUUCGAGAUCAAGCUUUGGCGACCAUAAAUAAUUUACUGAAAAUGUCCCCAACACAAACAUCAAAAAGAUCACAUAUUUUAUGUGAAUUUAAAGUAGAAACACGAAAUCAUAGGCUUCAGCUAACUCCCCUCCUGUGAGUGAACAAAACCAUUAAAAAAUCCCUAUUUUUGCCUAAAAACUCACCCUCUGUGAGUGAACAAAAGCAUUUUAUGAAAAAAUAAUUUGAUAUAUAAGUGAUAAUUAGAUAACGAAAUCUAUAGCUAAUUCUGUUUAAUUUUAAAAAAUUGCGUUUUAACAUAUAAAUUUUAUAAAUUAAAUUAAUAUUUGCUUUCCUAUUUCUACGAAUUAGGAUUUUUUUAAAAUUUCAAAAAACAAAUUAACCCUCAGUGAGCGAACAAGAUUUUUUUGUUCGCUCAUGGAGGGGGGAAGUAAGCAAAUUAAUGAGGGAUAUCAAAGGAACCCCUGUAGUAAAUGUGGAACAAUUUCCUAUGUCAUAUGAGAAAUAAAAUGAUGAAGUUGACGGAAGUAGGGCCCUGAGGAGACACUUCUGAUAGAGAGGUGGGCCGAAACGAUUGGCUGCAAAAGUAAGCUCUUCAUAAGCCAAGUAAAAUAUUUUAAAGAUAAUCCUACUGAAGCAGGAUGCUUUGCUUCUCAUUCGAUGUUUUCCUGCACCUGCCAGAUGGGCUAGACAGGUUUUGCCUAUCACACGGAUCCUUCUCUCAAACCCAUCAGACGGUGGCUCUGCCCUUGAAAGCUAAUUCCUUGAACAGUGGUUCAUAUCUUAAAUUCAAAAGGGCAAGCUUUUGUGCCAAAAUGAGUGAAGACUAGUGCACUAUAGCGCUUUCCCGAGGAUGGCGCGGAAUGGCGCCAUCCUCGGGAAAGCCAGGAAGGCACCCACACGGGAACUGGGAGUUCCACGUGUGGAUGCCAUUUUGACAUGUGGAAGUUUGGAUCCCACAUGUCAAAAAUGGCAUCCACACGUGGAACUCCCAGUUCCCGUGUGGAUGCUUAGUUGACUUUCCCGAGGAUGGCGCCAUUCCGCGCCAUCCCUCGGGAAAGCGCUAUAUCAAAUUAUGAACAGCAUAAUAAUUUUAUUUUAGAUUUAAUUUAUGUCAUAUGUCAAAUACGAUCUUAUCCAGCGCCCUAUUGCUCUUGAUGUUUGUCCACAAAAAGUUUUUGAAUAUUUUUUUUCAGAUGAUGAUAAUGGUUUUUUAAUGGACUAUUUGAAAACAAGAGGGGAAUAUGACAUGGAGAUCACCAAAUGAUCGCCCCCUAUUCAGAAUUAUUAUAAAGAAGGAGCUGAAGAAGGAUCCUGGCCUAGAAUAUCGACAAGAAAACUGAAGUUUAAUCACAAGCUGCGUGAAAAACUGCCAUUUAUGCCUGAUUCAUGUGGGACUGCUGAAGAACACACAGUGCAUCUUAUAUAGCGCUUUCCCGAGGAUGGCGCGGAAUGGCGCCAUCCUCGGGAAAGCCAGGAAGGCAUCCACACGGGAACUGGGAGUUCCACGUGUGGAUGCCAUUUUGACAUGUGGAAGUUUGGAUCCCACAUGUCAAAAAUGGCAUCCACACGUGGAACUCCCAGUUCCCGUGUGGAUGCUUAGUUGACUUUCCCGAGGAUGGCGCCAUUCCGCGCCAUCCUCGGGAAAGCGCUAUAUCCAAAACUGAAUUUGUGAUAGACACAGUAGUUGAUAUUAUUGGGGUUCCAUAUUGCGAUUAUUUUAAAGCUUAUUUCAAAUGAAGAAUAUACGGAGAAGACAAGUCGAACCUUGAAGCUCACUAUGGACUUGUUUUCAAUAAAUCCACAAUAUUUGGUGGGAAAAUGGAAGGAUCCGGUACUAAGGAAGGAAGAAUGAUAAUUCAGACUAUGUGAAUUCCAAUGGCACAGAAAAAAAUCGGAGAGCAGCUAGGAAUAAAGGUUGAAAUGGCCCCUUUGCCACCAAUAAAUGUUGAGGAGUCCAAAUCAAAAGAAAGCGACUGGGUUAUGUAUGCUUUAAUUGGAAUAAUAGUGUUAUUGUGCAUUACUGUAAUAAGAUUGUGGUGGAGAAUUGGAGCAUUAGAAAGUGAUAUGCUGGAGAUUCAAAAUUUAAUUGUUAAUAAAAUAUCAUAA